AUGAGCGUCAAGACAUUCCUCGGCCUGGCUUCGGCCGGCAGCGCCCUUGUCAUUUUCGGCGCCAUCGUCUCCGUCAUCUACAUCUUCAACGACAUCAACUCUUUCGUUGAUGAUGCUCACCGCGAGCUCGGAGAGUUCAAGGUAGCUGUCCUCAUAGCAACAAUUUCUCAUUUCUUUUCUUCUCAGGUCUUCGCCAACGAUGCUUGGGAUUCGAUGAUCGGAGCUCAGAACGCCGCUGCUGUCCGCAACGUUCGCAGCGUCUUCGUCGCCCGCCGCCACAAGAAGCAGUCUUCUCAGUGCAACUGUGGAGCUCAGCCAAGCAACUGCCCAGCCGGACCUCCAGGACCACCAGGAGCCGCUGGAGAGCCAGGACACGAUGGCGAGCCAGGUCACGCCGGAGCUCCCGGAGGAGCCGGAGCCACCGGUGGAUCCAGCGAUGGUGGUGAAUGCAUCAAGUGCCCAGCUGGAGCUCCAGGACCAGCCGGAGCCCCAGGACCAGCCGGACCACCUGGACCAUCCGGAAACCCAGGAGCCCCAGCUCAAGGCGGCGGUCAAGGACCACCAGGACCACCUGGACCAGCGGGAGACGCCGGAGCACCAGGACGAUCUGGAGCCCCAGGAAACCCAGGAAGAGCCGGAGCUCCAGGAACUCGUGGUUCUGGACUCCCAGGACCAGCCGGAGCUCCAGGACCAGCUGGACCAGCCGGAGCGCCAGGACAAGACGGAGAAUCUGGCGGCAACGGAGCUCCAGGACCAGCUGGACCGGCAGGACCUGACGGACAGCCAGGACAGCCAGGAUCUGACGGAGAGGCCGGAACUCCAGGAAGCCCAGGAUCUCCAGGAGGCGACGCUGUGAGUUUCUCUUUCACUUGAUUAUUUGAAUGAGGAUUGUUACAGGCCUACUGCCCAUGCCCACCACGUGACGGAGCCGCUCCACCAGCCAGCAACCCAUCCGGAGAAGGCUUCAAGCGCCGCCAUGUCUCCCGUCACCGUGCCGUCAACCGCAAGCGCGUCGUCGCCGCCAAGAAACGCGUCGUCGCUGCCGCUGCCCGCAAACGCGUCGUCGCUAAGCACCGUGUUGCUGCCGUCCGCCGCCACGUCCAGGCCUAG